GCGGGUAUCCAGUUAUAUUGACCGUCAAAGAGCAGCCCCGCAGGGCCAGACCAGGACAGGCGCGAAGCGCCUGUUCUCGGGCUGGUAUAAUAAUAAGACAAUGUAAAAUGUAAAAUGUAAAUACAAAAUGCCAAAAGUACAAUUAUCGACUUCGAUUAAAAGAUGCCGAAAAUCAAUCACGCUCGAAACAAAACUCGAAGUAUUACGUCGUAUAGAAGCUAGAGAGAAAAUUGUUGAAAUUUGCAAGGCAAUGGGGCUUGCAAAAUCUACCAUUCAAACUAUUCGUGAUAAAAAAGAAGAAAUCAAAGCAUAUUCGCAAUCUGCUGCACAUACAAAUGUCGCGAGAUUAACCCGACAACGAUACUGGGUUAUUGAAAAAAUGGAAAAACUAUUGUUUAUAUGGAUUCAAGACAAUAACAAACGUAAAAUACCAAUGAAUCAAAUGACUAUACAGCAAAAAGCUUUAAGCAUUUUCGAAAAUUUGAAGAAUGACCAAACCGAUGAAUCUGUUAAAGAUAUCACAUUCCAAGCAAGCCGAGGAUGGUUUGAAAAAUUUAAAAAUCGAUUCAAUUUACGUAAUUUGAAAUUGAGAGGUGAUGUGACUGAUCUUCUUGAAGCUGAUAGGGAAUCUCUUUCAUAUGAGGAACUCAUUCAGUUGCAAACCGAACCACAAUUUAGUGAUGAGACAGAAUCAGAGCCUGUGGUAUCAAAAAAGCUAACAUCAAAAAAUUUGUCAAAUGCUUUUUCCCAUAUUGAACAAGCAAUAAACAUCAUCAUCAAAAACGAUCCUGACGAAGAGCGUAGCGCUAAAUUUUCUCAAGGACAGGAUUCACUCAUUAGUUGCUACAAAUCAUUAAAAAAUGAAAUGGACAAAAAAGCUAGACAAGCAACACUUGACAGUUUUUUUAAACCAAUUCCAUCCAUACAAGCCAAAAAUGACGUCAGUGAUGUGUGAAUGUACUUGUUUUUGAUUUAAAUAAAAUAAAAACAAUUGUUUUCGACCAAAUA